AUGUCCCUUUCCCGGGCCAGCAGCGUGGUGAAUGCUUCCGCCGCAUCUGCGGCAUCUGCGGCGGCGGCGGCGGCGGCGGAUCCAUACAUGCCCAGCCUCCUGUCGCUGCUGGUGUUCGACCCGUCGCUCGGGCCACAUGAGGACGACCAGCACGAAAAGAUCCUCUAUUAUUGGCCCGCAAACGCGCCGAUGGACGACCAGCUUCGCGAUGCCGGUGUUUAUGAGGGGAUCAUCAACUUCUGCCGAAACUUCUCCACCACCGAGCCAUGCCAUGCGAUCCACACCAACCGGCGCCGUGUCGUCCUGCUCGAGCCGGAGCCUGGUAUCUGGUUUGUCAUGUCGGUCCGACUUCGGUCCUCCCCGCCGCCUGCCGUCUCCCCGGUCAAGGGAAACUCCAACGAGACCCGCCACGCCAACGACCAAAUCAUCGAAAAUGACAUUACCGGACGCCAGCUCGAGGUGAAUGACACCCUGCUGCAGUCCAUCCUCCGGCAGCUGUAUGCCCAGUUCAAGUUUCUUCACGGGUCGCUCCGGCACAUUCGCACCCGGAAUCCAAGCAUCCCGGACGAUGUGGCGCACCUUCGCCUAGCCCUGAACCGCGGAUUGAGCUCCUUCGUGAUGCACCACCUCGCCGAUCCGGUGGCCCUGCACAGGCUGCUAUAUCGCGAUAUCCGCUCUCUCCUCCCGGCCGGCGGGAUCGACUACCAGCCGAUGCGCAUCGCGCGCUUCGUGCAAAUCCACUGUGUCCUGGCCGACAUCCUGACCGUGCCGGUGCGCGCCAGCUUCAUGGACACCGAGUCGCUGGAGGUCCCAUUCGACUCGGAGCUGGACUUCCAAGACAUGCACCUCCCUCGCGGAACACAAACCGUCGUCAUGUGGGACAACUGCAUGGUCAGCAGCUCGUUGGAAUUCAGCGACACGGCCCUGCUCUUCGGAUACAUUCACCGCCGGCUGUCGACGCAGGAGAAGCCCCAGCCGGUCAACUCGCGCGAAAAGACCCCGCGGGGGCCCCUUGCCAUUUCGUCCUCUCGCGGGGCCCGCCCUCCCGCUGCGCCUGCCACCUCGGGGGAUGCCAAACUAACGUCCUGCGAGCCAUGUGCCCUGCCUUCCGGAAACUUGCCACCCUGCCAGAUCCCCGGGUCAUUCAUUGAAGGCAACCGCGGCGAGCCGAACUACGUCUACCUCGGCCCCGACUCGGCGCCCCACCACUUGGUCUUGUAUAAGAUGUCCCGUCUAUCGCUCGCCUUGCUGUUCCCGGUGUCGGAGCUGCCAAACCGGGUGCCCGGCACCUCGCUGCUGCUGGAUCUGAGCCAGAAGAUGGAGAACUCCCUGCACAAGGCCGUGUACAGCCUGCAGACAUUCGGCGCCACGGACAGCAGUGCAUCCGCCGCGUCCAAGCCAUCCAACACCUCGGACCUCCAUUACAUCUAUACCAGCGACGAGAAUUACGCUGUCAAAUGCACUUACCCGGGUCUGGACGCCUCGGCCGACGGUGGCGCCGCGAUGCCGCCCCCGCCGCAGGAUAUCCUCACUCGGAACCUGCCCUUGCACCCGGACGCGGCCAACAUCAUGGCCGACAUGUUUGGCCAGAUCCACAUGAGUGACGAGCUGCCCCAGCGGAUUUAUGCCAACACACAGUCCCCGCGUGGCACCGGCCACUGGCUGAUGCUCCAUAGCUCGAGGACGCGCAACAUCCUGGUGGCCCCUCCGCAGAUGCUGACCCCCUCGCCGGUGGUCGACCCGCAGGCCGGCUCCCGGUCUUCCUCCAGCGGCCGGAACAGCGGCAGCAGCUUCAUUGCCGAGUUCGACGACGAAAUCAUGGCCCUCUUCAACCAGCAUCUCUUCCAGGUCCUCCGUGAGGAGGUGCUUCCCCUGGCCGGGCGGGAUCUGCCCACCUUCGAUGAGGUCGAGAAGCAGCUGGCCGCUCUGAUCAAUCUGCUCAAGCCCAUGCUGGCGGCCUCCUUCGAGGUGGCCGACAUCCGGUCUCUCCAGCUUGACGCCCUGUUGCUGGACCUGGUCCAGAAGCCCAUUCAGCAGGCUCUCCAUGAAGCCGACGCCUCGGUGGCCAGUCGUGCGCAGGCCAAGAAGUGGGUCGCUGCCUUGGCUCAGCUGUCUGGGCACCUCCCUGCCUAUAACCAGACCUUCCGUGAAGUUAUUGUCUUGGCAACCGGCGGCGGUGCCAUCGAGCUGGGCUUCCCCUGGGCACUCUUCGAGCUCCUCCUUCACACCAUGAUCCUCCCCUUUACUUUCCUCACGGUCAUCCAGGCCACCAUUUCGAUGGUCCUGCCAGCGGUGCUGGCCGGCACAGGGCCCGGCCUGGUCGAUGGCCCCCUUCCCCGGGUAAUGCAAUCCCUGUUCCAUCUGCAAUCCGAAGCCGACCAGCAAAUCCGAGCGCUUUUCGCCUCGGUGUCAAGCAUGCUCAAAGACCCGACGGCUGUCCCCCUGCCCAAGGCCGUCCGGCCCUUCUUGGACGCCGAGCAUCAUCAAUCUCUCCGCGUGUCAGCCAGCAUGUUGGCCGCGGUCUUCGCCGCUGCACCGCCCGACAACGCGGUCCCUAUCGCACGUCUGGUGCGGUCGAUCUUCCGCCUGAAGGACAGCAUGUGGAAGUCCUUCCUGCAGCCGACGGUCAACAGCGAUUUCGUCGGGCUCUCCGAAGUGGCCCUCAUGAUUUUGAUCGCUUCGCGCAGGGCCCCUCCCCCGGAUGAGGCGGCCACCCGGGAUGAGCAGCUCCCCCGCUUCUUUGCCAAUCUCCUGCAGGAGUUUGCCCGUCGCACUUUGGCCAUUUGUGAGUCGCAAACCGCUCGCGGGGCGUCCUGCUCGUUGGACGCCUACAUUUUCGGGGAGAUUGCUGCUCAUGCUUUGCCGCUGGACGAGGGUGCCGCGUACGACCGCGCAGCCGCCCUCACCACGCCCAUUGACUUCCUGCCCCGCUGGGUGUGGAGUCAGUCAACCUCGGCCACACUUUCGCCGUUCGACAAGAUUCGCACGACGCUCUUCCGAUCUGCCCUCACCACGCCCAUUGACUUCCUGCCCCGCUGGGUGUGGAGUCAGUCAACCUCGGCCACACUUUCGCCGUUCGACAAGAUUCGCGGGGUCAUGAAUCGACGCCUGCAGGCACAGUCGGCGCACCUGCAGCCGGCCCGCCGGGUGGCCCUCCUUCUGGCGGCUCCGUCCGGCCCUCGGCCGGCCUGGCUUCUGUCCUUCCUGAUGUCCGGUCACCUGGCGGCCACCGUGGCCUCCUGCCUGGCUUUCAUCGAUCUGGGCCACCUGCUGCUGGCCUAUUCGGCCUCUCUGGAUGCGGUGCUCAACUCCUUCAGCAAUGUCGCCACCUCGAGCCUGGCCGAGGAGCUGCUCGCCCGGUAG